GUCCGUCCGUCCGUCCGUGCGUCCGUGCGGCGGCCGGGGGGCGCGGGGCGGGGUCGACGCGGGUUCGAGACCCGGCCAUGGCGGCGGCGGCCGCUCGGUGGCCCUGGGCCCUGCUGUGCCUGGCGGCGGCCCCGCUGUUGUGCCCCGCGGCGGCCGGCUUGUCUUGUUGUUACCAUGCAAAGGACAAUUUAAUGUGCCGUGAUGUCUGUGAACAGAUUUUGUCUUCUAAGAGUGACUCCCGUUUGAAGCACUUACUGCAACGAGCACCUGAGUAUUGUCCAGAAUCAAUGAGAGAAGUGUGGGGUUGUAUAAAUUCUUCUUUGCCAGGAGUUUUGAAGAAGUCUGAUGGGUGGGUUGGUUUAGGCUGCUGUGAGCUGGCUAUUGCUGUGGAGUGUCGGCAAGCGUGUAAGCAGGCUUCUGCAAAAAAUGACAUUUUAAAGGUCUGCAGGAAGGAAUAUGAGGAGGUUGGCCAGUAUGGGUUGAAGGAGAACGGGAGAGGAAAGAAUGCACUCUUUAGUUGUAUUAACAGAAAUGAAAUGGGGUCAGUCUGUUGCAGUUAUGCAGGUCACCAUACAAACUGCCGGGAAUAUUGCCAAGCGAUUUUUCGGACAGACUCCUCUCCUGGUCCCUCACAAAUUAAAGCAGUUGAAAAUUACUGUGCAUCUAUCAGCCCUCAGCUUAUACACUGCGUGAAUAACUACACACAGUCGUAUCCAAUGAGAAACCCUACAGACAGUUUGUAUUGCUGUGAUAGAGCAGAAGACUAUGCGUGUCAGACUGCUUGUAAAAGAAUUCUAAUGUCAAUGAAGACAGAGCUUGAAAUUGUUGAUGGACUUAUAGAAGGCUGUAAAACCAUGCCUCUCCCUCAGGACCCACUUUGGCAAUGUUUUCUUGAGAGUUCAAGAUCUGUUCACCCCGGAGUCACUGUGCACCCUCCACCUUCAACAGGCCUCGAUGGAGCUAAGCUCCAUUGCUGUUCUAAAGCAAAUUCUUCCACAUGUAGAGAGCUCUGCACUAAACUUUAUAGCACGAGCUGGGGCAAUUCACAGAGCUGGCAAGAAUUUGAUCGCUUUUGUGAGUAUAAUGCAGUUGAAGUUUCCAUGUUGACCUGUUUAGCAGAUGUACGAGAACCUUGUCAGCUGGGCUGUAGAAAUCUUACUUACUGCACUAAUUUUAAUAACAGACCAACAGAACUAUUUAGAAGCUGCAAUACUCAGUCAGACCAGGGAGCCAUGAAUGACAUGAAGCUGUGGGAAAAAGGGAGUAUUAAGAUGCCUUUCAUAAAUAUUCCUGUGCUUGAUAUUAAAAAAUGCCAACCAGAAAUGUGGAAGGCAAUUGCCUGCUCCCUGCAGAUUAAACCUUGUCACAGCAAAUCCAGAGGAAGUAUUAUCUGCAAAUCAGAUUGUGUGGAAAUACUGAAGAAGUGUGGAGAUCAUAAUAAAUUCCCUGAAGGUCACUCAGCUGAGAGUAUUUGUGAGCUCUUAUCUCCAACAGACGACUUGGAGAACUGUAUACCCUUGGAUACUUAUCUGAGUCCAAGUUCUUUAGGCAACAUUGUAGAAGAUGUCACACAUCCAUGUAAUCCAAACCCAUGUGCAGCUAAUCAGCUGUGUGAAGUAAAUAGGAAAGGAUGUCAAUCUGGAGAGCUGUGUCUUCCAUAUUUGUGUGUGCCAGGCUGCAAAUUGGGAGAAGCCUCUGAUUUUAUUGUCAGACAAGGUACACUUAUCCAAGUUCCAUCCUCAGCUGGUGAUGUUGGCUGUUACAAGAUUUGUACCUGUGGGCACAGUGGCUUGCUGGAGAACUGUAUGGAAAUGCGUUGUGUUGACCUCCAGAAAUCAUGCAUUGUUGGAGGACAAAGGAAAAGCCAUGGAGCGUCCUUUAAUAUAGAUUGCAAUGUCUGUUCCUGUUUUGCUGGAAACUUGAUUUGUUCCACACGUCAGUGUCUAACUGAGCACAGCUCAGAGGAUGAACGCCGGAAGUUUACAGGUUUGCCCUGUAACUGUGUGGACCAGUUUGUCCCAGUCUGUGGCCAGAAUGGGCGCACGUAUCCCAGUGCGUGCAUAGCUCGCUGCGUUGGGCUCCAGGACAACCAGUUUGAAUUUGGAUCGUGUAUUUCCAAGGAUCCUUGCAACCCAAACCCUUGUAAUAAAAAUCAAAGGUGCAUACCAAAGAAACAAGUUUGCUUGACCAGUUUUGAGAAGUUUGAAUGCAGCCAGCAUGAAUGUGUGCCAAGGCAGUUAAAUUGUGACCAGACACGGGAUCCUGUUUGUGACACAGACAAUGUGGAAUACACUAACUUGUGUACUUUGUACCAAAAAGGAAAAAGUUUGGCAUACCGAGGACCAUGCCAGCCCUUCUGCAGGUCACUGGAGCCCGUGUGCGGGCACAACGGGGAGACCUACAGCAGCGUCUGCGCCGCCUACGCCGACCGCGUGGCCGUGGACUACCAGGGGCGCUGCCAGGCCGUGGGCGCGCUCUCCGACUACGGCUUCCACUCCGAGUGCGCCUUCGUCAGGUGUCCCCAGCUCUCUGCCACCGGCUGCAAACCCGUCCUUGCGCCAGGAGCCUGCUGUCCACUGUGUGCUGGAAUGCUGAGAAUCUUAUAUGACAAAGACAAGCUGGAUAAUUUUGCAAGGGUAACAGAUAAAAAGCCGAUAACGGUACUUGACAUACUUGAAAAAAUCCGCCUGCAUGUGUCAGUGCCACAGUGUGAUGUGUUUGGAUACUUAAGCAUAGAAUCUGAAAUUGUGAUUCUCAUCAUUCCUGUGGAUCAGAAUCCCAAACCAUUGCAGAUUGAAGCCUGCAAUAAAGAGGCAGAAAAGAUCGAGUCUCUGAUCAAUUCGGACAGCCCAACACUAGCAUCACACGUGCCACUGUCAGCUCUAAUUGCAUCUCAAGUACAAGUUUCAUUUAGCGUUUCUUCUUCUUCUGCUCAAGUGGUGCCUGCUCUGCACUCCCUGUUCAUAAGCCUUCUAUUCACCUUGUCAUCAGCAUUGAGAUACUGCAUAUAACUGCUUGGGAAAUGUGCACGAGCAUUGUGGCAUUCAUGUUGUGAAGGACAUUUGGAGUUGUUGAUCACUGAACUAGAAAACAAAAAACCUGCAAGAUUUGAACUUGCAUUUUUCAAUGAAGGACUAAAAGUAUUUGAAUAAUGUGAAAAGAUUAUUCUCUUAUUCAUAACUAGUCAGAUGACUGUUUCAGCACAAUCAGAUUGUUUUCCAUGGAUCUUGGAAACAUAAAUAUGCUCUGGAAGGUUCUGACAUUAUGGAUUUAUGAUUUUGAGGAGAAGGGAUCUUAUGGGGUUUUUUCAGCCGUGAACUAAACAGUGUUUUGAGUUUACUGAAGAAUGCUAAUUUUAUAUUAUUCAGAUGCAUAUCAAAGAAAGCAUGCACCUAUUUUAAACAUCAUUUUUGGAAGAAACAGAUUGCUGCUACUUGAUUACCUUACCAAAAAUUUAAGAGUUUAUUCUCAUGUAAAUAUGCUUUCAUAUUUUAUUAUGAAGAAAACAAACUAGCCCUGGGCCUAUUUCAGUAGACAUCUUUCCUUGGACUAGUGAAGACUUGCAGGACUUUUGGCUCACUGCUUGUAAAAUGACAAUCAAGCUCUAUGCUAGUACCUGACUUCAGUGAAGAGAUGUGUUCUUUUUAUAGUUUUGUACAUUUCAGAAUCUCAUAUUGGAUGCAAAAUAUAAAGAAUCUCAGUAUCUAUAUUUAAGUGCCAUUUAAAAUAUUGCGGUAUUUGCAUGUUAUCUAAUGAAAUUUAUACUUUAAAUGUUUAUACAAACAGUAUGUUUUAUUACUUAUUAUAUUUUAUGCACCUGACUUUACAUGAAGUAUUUUAUAUCAGUAUUAUGAUAGCCAAGUUUUGAAGUAUAUACAGAAAAACUUAUUUUUGCCAAAAUGCUGAACUUUGAAAGAAAGCACUGAAAACUUUUUUGAACAUGUAUGUUGCAGCAUGUUUGUAGCAAUUAUUUUCUGCUGAAUCUUUUAAAUGCAAAAGCAUUAAAGCUUUUUAUUUUAAUAAA